AAAAUGAAUCGUGGCCGUUGGUUUUAUCUUGUAAAAUACAGCUAGGGUUUUAGUAUUUUAGCUCGUGGCUCUUCGUUUCUUUUACGUCUUCAAGUUUUUGCUGCUGCAACACUUGAGCUUCAACAAUGGUUUUUGUCAAAGCACAAAAGUCGAGAGCUUACUUUAAGCGGUUUCAAGUGAAGUACAAGAGGAGACGAGAGGGAAAGACUGACUACCGUGCCAGGAUUCGCCUCAUUAAUCAGGACAAGAACAAGUACAACACUCCGAAAUAUCGUUUUGUUGUGCGAUUCACCAAUAAAGAUAUAACUGCACAAAUCAUAUCUGCUAGCAUUGCUGGUGAUAUGAUCCUUGCAUCUGCUUAUGCUCAUGAGCUUCCUCAUUAUGGGCUUGAGGUGGGCCUUACAAAUUAUGCAGCAGCUUACUGCACUGGACUUCUCUUGGCUCGCCGAGUCCUAAAAAAGCUUGAAAUGGAUGAAGAGUAUGAAGGAAAUGUUGAGGCAACUGGGGAGGAUUACUCUGUCGAGCCAACAGAUACCAGGAGACCUUUCCGUGCUCUCCUUGAUGUUGGUCUUGUGAAGACAACUACCGGAAACUGUGUUUUCGGUGCUCUCAAGGGUGCACUGGAUGGUGGCCUUGAUAUCCCUCACAGUGACAAGAGAUUUGCUGGAUUCAGCAAGGACAGUAAACAACUAGAUGCUGAAGUUCACCGCAAGUAUAUCUACGGUGGACAUGUUGCUGCAUACAUGAGGACUUUGAUGGAAGAUGAGCCAGAAAAGUACCAGUCUCACUUCAGUGAGUACAUCAAGAGAGGUAUUGAGGCCGAUAACCUUGAAGCAUUGUAUAAGAAGGUUCAUGCUGCCAUUCGUGCAGACCCCACACCAAAGAAAUCUGACAAGCAGCCUCCUAAAGAGCACAAGAGGUACAACUUAAAGAAGCUGACUUACGAGGAAAGGAAGGCUAAGUUAAUCGAAAGGUUGAAAGCACUGAAUGCAGCUGAGGCUGAUGAAGAUGAUGAGUGAAUCCAAUACUAGAAAUUUUGAAGCAUAUUUUACUAGAAUCUUUUAUCUUUGCUAUAUCUUGCAGAUUUUACUUAACAAUCCAAAAACAUGGCAUUUUAUUAGGUUGAGAAGUUUUUUUUGGAUGUGCGAUAAGACCAUGGUUUUAUUGAAAAUUCCCAGGAUUUAGCUUCAAAUCAAUCAUUUGAGCAAAAGUUAUUAAGUCAAAGAUUUCCCAGAAAUGUGUAAAAGUUUUGAUUGAUUUAUGGACAAGAAUACCCCUCAGAAUUUAGAUCAA